UCGGCGGAUGUGACUCUGGAUAAAAAGACCAAUACACGGAUUUACCCUUCUAUCGACUUGACCGUCUGUGUACGGCUCAGACAAGUGUUUGUGGCAAGGACUUUAGAUGUGAAUAAAUAUUUAGAAAAAUAUUUUUAAACGGAUUUAAAAAAAGUGACUGAAAAUGUUUGUGGAAAAAGUGUUAGAACGAGCUACCAAAUCAGAGCUGUGCUCAAUCCUGAUCCUUCUGGUGAUCAGUCUGAGUAUAUACACCUUCUAUGCCACCCUGAAUACGUAUUUGAGAUCGGUGCUCCUUUCGCUAAGACUCACGGGUCCACCAUCGCUGCCAUUCUUGGGCAACUGCAUGCUGGUCACGGAUAAGGACUUGAUGCGCAAAUGUGCAAGCAAGGCCUUUGAUCUAUAUGGAUCUCUAGUAAGGAUUUGGGUUCUUCUCUUUCCCUUUUUUGCCGUACUGGAGCCAGAGGAUCUGCAGGUGAUACUUUCCUCUAAGAAGCACACCAAUAAGGUUUUCUUCUACCGGCUGAUGCACAAUUUUCUGGGAGAUGGUCUGAUAACCAGUAGUGGUUCCAAGUGGAGCAAUCAUCGCCGGCUCAUUCAGCCUGCCUUUCAUCACAACCUGUUGGAGAAGUUUAUAGACACUUUUGUGGAUGCCUCGCAGUCCCUAUAUGAGAAUCUAGAUGCCUCCGCCGUAGGCACAGAGAUAAACAUUGCCAAAUACGUGAACAACUGCGUUCUGGACAUUCUAAAUGAAGCCGUUUUGGGUGUGCCAAUAAUAAAGAGGGGCAAGGAUGCGGACAUAAUGGAGGACUCACCCUUCCGACAGGGCAAGAUUAUGAUGCCUACGCGGUUUACCCAUCCUUGGCUGCUGCUGGACGGAAUCUACCACUGGACCAAGAUGGCCAACGAUGAGUUGAACCAGAAGAAGCGUCUAAACGAUUUCACCCGCCAAAUGAUUCAGCGACGCCGUCAGAUCCAAAACAAUAAUAAUGGGAAUGGCGAGAGAAAGUGCCUGCUGGACCAUAUGAUCGAAAUCUCCGAGAGCAAUCCGGACUUUACGGAGGAGGAUAUCGUCAACGAAGCUUGCACGUUCAUGCUAGCUGGCCAGGAUUCAGUGGGCGCAGCUGUGGCCUUCACUCUCUUCCUGCUGACCCAGAAUCCCGAGUGUCAAGAUAGCUGUGUCCAAGAGCUGGAAUCAAUUUUUGAUGGUAGUAAUAGAGCACCCACGAUGACUGACCUGCACGAGAUGCGUUACAUGGAGAUGUGCAUCAAAGAGGCACUGCGUCUUUAUCCCAGUGUCCCAUUGAUUGCCCGCAAACUUGGUGAGGAAGUGCGUUUGGCAAAGCACACCUUGCCCGCUGGUAGCAAUGUCUUUAUCUGUGCUUAUGCCACCCAUCGUCUUGCCCACAUUUAUCCCGAUCCGGAGAAGUUUGUACCGGAAAGAUUUUCACCAGAAAAUUCGGAGAACCGCCAUCCCUACGCCUUCAUUCCGUUUAGCGCUGGACCAAGAUAUUGCAUUGGUAACCGUUUUGCCAUUAUGGAGAUCAAGACUAUAGUCUCCAGGUUGCUACGCAGUUUCCAGUUGCUCCCUGUUUCUGGGAAAACGACCGUUGAAGCCACUUUCCGUAUCACACUGAGAGCAUCCGGUGGUCUGUGGGUACGCCUAAAGCCCCGCGAUCAUUCACUAACCGAUCAUUGAGAACAAUGUGAUCCUGUUUCGUUAUAUUAACUUUAAUUAGUACGGUAAAUAUGUAUAUAAAUCGAUACAAUAAUUUAAACACUUAGCUUCCUCUAGCCUAAGUACAAUUCCUCUGACUGGA